CCGAAACUUGGAUUCACAAAUACCAUCAGUAUGAAGACCAACGAGACUAGGUACAUCGCAUGUUCGCAUUGCUCCAAGGCCAAGGCACGGUGCGAUCGCAAGGUGCCUUGCACACGAUGCGUCAGUAAGCAGCUGGUCUGCCAACCGCGCUCUGCCCGGCGAGCCAUGCAGCGUCCAGCCGAACUCCAAUUACGAAGGCUACGGCCAGACGACGUCCCGCGGGGAGACGAGCAGCAGACUGCCCCGGAACCAACGAAGCAGAACCCAGCUGGGCCCGAUAGCACAGUAAUAGUAGGGUCCGACCUGGAGACCGGCAGUCCGGAUGGCUUAUUACGCCUCCAAGCAGCCAGUGUCCCUUACCCCAGCACCGAGGGGACGACGCACUUGUCCACCGAGUGGCUACAGCAGAUUACGCCCGAGUCAUCGUUACAUAUGCCCUUGGCCAUGGUCCUGGACCAGGACGCCCCCCAGCAGUCCACACCCGACCUCGACCUCAUCAGCGAGCUCAUCAGCUAUUCCACCAGCGAUGUCCUGUGGGAAUCAUACCUGGAGCCCAUGACCGUCCCUCCCCUGACUCACUCGCCGCGCAAAUCCUCGAGUUGCGGGCGCAACAGCCCGUUGGUGUCGCUAUGUCCAGGGCAGCCACGGCAUUGGGGGGAAGAUUGGAGCAGCCAGAUGCGCCUCAGCCUGCAGCAAUUCGAGCAGACGCUCAAUUCCCGGGAGCCCUGGAACACCAGCGGCACGGAGUCCAGUGCUUCCUCGAUUGCCACACCACCGGCCGUUGACCCUAUUACGGACACCACGCGCGACAACCUCUUGGUGGUGACCCAACUACUACUGAUGCAGACCCGAAACGUCCAAUCGCGGGAACAUAGCAGCCACGGCCGAAGACUGAGUCCGCUCAAUCUCACCAUCGUGACCCUGCCUCCGGCCAAAGCGCUGGACGACCUCUUACGAGCCCAGGUCUCCUGCUUCGAGCAGUACUUUGGCCUGUCGAGUGGGGAGCAACAAGACCCGAACACCAUCAUGAGUGGUCUUCCGCACGACGUCAAGGUCGCUGGCAUCCUGCUUCUGCUGAUGAUCGCGAUCGGGGCCACGGCCUCCCCGGCCCCAGAACUGCACAACUUCGCGACCGGGCUGACGGAGACGUGUCGCACGGCACUGUCCGAUAUGAUGGAGGGAGACGUGGCCACCACGAGGCCGGAUAUCGUGUCUCAUUGCGCGCUCUUGCUGCUUUAUCUGGGGAUGUGGUCUGGUGAGCGAUGGCUCAUGCGGACAUCUUGCGCGCACCGACAAAUGUACACUCAGUUACUACACCGAAAGCCUCCUUCUCUCGACAACGGCGACACUCCCAGCCUUCUCAGCAGCACUCUAGGGCUCAACCAACAAUGGGCGCAAUGGAAGGAGGAGGAGAUGAGCUCGCGGCUCACGUACGCGUGGGUAAUAGCAGAUCAAGAAUGGAGCCUGUUCUACGACACUCCGCUCAGCUUCUCCGUAGACACGCUGACCGAGUCACUACCCGCCGACGACCGAUUGUGGAAAGCGGGCUCUGAGGGCGACUGGGCACGUCUGGCGCCUGAGAUCUUCGCCACGCAACCCCCGAUCUGCCUGCGCGACCUGUAUACCUGCUUCAUGAACGGCGAGCUGCGCCCCGGGCGAGGCACGCGGCUGCCCCUGCAAUAUCUGCGUCUGCUGCUCGUCCCGUUGCACGGGAUGGUCUGCCACCUGCGCCAGUGGCUGCAGUCCUUCCCCAACUGCCCCGUGCGCUGGCGCAAGAGCACCCAGGGCUUGUCCAACCCGGCCAUCCACGCCCAGCUCGACCAGGUGCAGGCUCUGCUGCCGGAGUGGUUCAACCUGGCCGUGCACUCGGCCAACACCAACUCGCCCGCCGGCCUGGCCAUGCUGGUCAUGUACCACCUCAUCGCGCUGAACGCGAUGGCAAGCUUUCCCAGCAUCGAGGCGGCGCUGCUGCGCGGGCCCCCCGCGCGCCCGGAGGCCCCGAACCCGCGGGGUUCCGGCCCGUGUCCGCUGGGCGCCUGCCCGGCGACCAUCGCCCAUGACAGCGAGGAGGAGGCGCUCGUGCAUUGCGGCCAGAUCCUGCGCCUGGUGCGCCUGAUGCCGCCGGCCGACCAGCCGCUCUGGUGGUCGGCCGUGGUGUACCGCGUCGCGCUGGUCACCAUGUUCCUGUCGAUGAAGCGCCACCCGCACGACUGGCUGCCAGCCCUCAUGCUGGGCCCCAUCGAGGCCGCCAGUCUCGCCUCCUCGUCGACCACGAGCAGCUCCAGCGGCGCCAGCUCCAGUAGCAUCAUCUCCAUGAUGAGCAGCUCUGCCGCCUCUGUCAGCGACCGCGGCGCCACCGUGCCCACGCAGCACCGGUCUGUCGUCCUGAACGACGUCCCCGCCGAUCAUCCCGCCCUGCUGAACUUCAUCAAGUACAAGGAGGGCGAGCCCAUCAUCGCCGACCGCGACGGCCAGCUGGUCGAGUUGCGGCGCCCCCGCGAGGUCCUGCGCCUCUUCAUCGACCUCGCCGACGUGCAGUACCGGCCUGCCCUCCGGGCUACGCGGUUCCAGGCCGGCGUGAGGGAUUCUUUGGAGCAACUGGCUGACCUGUGGGGGUUUCUGUCUCCUGCUUGAGGAUGAGAGGGGGUUAGAAUCGCAUUGUCUAACAAAGGGGGAGUAGAAUCUUGGGGUAGGAAGAGGGUGCGAGAGAAUGUUGUGUGUUUGGAGUAGAUGCCAUUAGAGAAAGAGACAGAAAGUCCCGAAUCGUCUUUAGAGAAGAAGCAUCAGGGUCAUGGGCGGAGCAUAUUGUGGUUUCGAGCCCAGGCGAGGCGGUGUUUAGCGAUGCUCUGCAUUUCUUCGUUUGCUGUGACUACAAAAUCGAUAAUCAUUCUAGAGAGAGGAUGCCAGCGGUCAGUAUGUACGUGACUGAGGUCGCACUGAUGUGCCAUGCACAUUUCCCAUUGACUGGGGGUACUGAAGAUAAGGAG